AAUGGUAGUGGUAGCCGAAGUAGCAAUGGUAGUGGUAAGGAGAGCCCCCAUGACAAUAUCGGUGAUUUGCUGGAAGGUUUGGAGCACAAUCUUCCUGAUAGUCCUUUUGCGUCUCCAACAAAGGCUGCCGGAGAGUACACAUCCUCCGCCUUCCCCAACGUGACUAGCGAGGCCAAUGGCUCAGAUGCCUCAUUUGCAGCUGCUAACAUAAACUUGGCGACUUCCCUACUUCCAGCAUCUUCAUCCCUGUACAUGGCAUCCUUCAAGUCUUUCAACUGCCAAAUUCCAAGGUUGAACUCCGGUCACGGAGCCAUAGGGAUGUACGCUGGCACAGGAGCUGGGCCAAAAUGCCCUGUUGGAACUUCCUAAUCAAAGCUUAAUUAGGAGGAUCAACAUGUUUAAGUAUAA